AAUUUGUUUGUUUCAUAUUUUAGUAUCAAAACACCACCUUUAGUCAAGAAUCGGUGAUUAUUUAUUUAUUUAUUUAAAUUUAGCUUUUCAUUUUCCCUUUUUUUCUUUUCCCUCUUUACACAUUACAAAACAACAAAAGUCUCCCCUGUUCCUCAUCUUCCCCACACCACUACCACCACCGCCGCUGUUCGCCGGAACUAUAAACCCUAACUCCACCUUCAACAACAAACAAACAAACAAACAAUAUCAAUUUCUAACCUCCGGCAUCAUUUUUAUAUAAUCUACUACUCAAACAGCCGCAGAUUUGCUUAACAACAACAACAAGAAGACAUUUGGAAUUAUUGAAGAUGCAAAACGAUUGGUAUGAUGAAGGUAAUAGCAAUUCAGUGUGGAGAUCGAGAUCUAAAGAAUUCUACAGACGUUUCUCCGACAAGAUCUGGCUUCCGUUACUUUCCGCCGUUUUUACCGCAACUUCUAGAUCCUCAGUUCGCCUCCUUUUCUUCGUUAUCUUCAUGCUCGCUGCCGUCUUUCUCUCAACCCGGUUGCUCGACGCCACCGUUCCGACGAUUAUUCAAAACCCAUCUUCGAGUUCGUUAGACCCUACCAACACAGUGCACAUUCAACCAACCGUAGAUCCACUAAUAUCGAAAAAACCGUCUGAAACUGAUCAAACUACCGAAACAGUAAAAACCGAACCUACCAUCACUCAAGUGAUUGCCAAGAAGCCUCCGAAGAAAAUAGAGAUUCCGAUAAAAUGUAUAUCGGGCAAUCUAACUAAAACGUGUCCAGCAGACUACUACCCGAAAAAAUUCAAACCACAAGAUGACGAAUUCACAUCGGAUGCGUCACAAAACUGCCCGGAGUACUUUCGUUGGAUUCACGAAGAUUUGAAACCCUGGAAGGAAACAGGGAUAACUGAAGAGAUGGUGUUGAGUGCGAAACGAACAGCUAAUUUUCGUUUAGUGAUAUUAAACGGACGGGCUUAUGUGGAGACGUAUGAGAAAUCGUUUCAGUCUAGAGAUGUGUUUACGCUAUGGGGGAUAUUGCAGUUGUUACGAAGGUAUCCUGGGAAGUUACCGGAUUUGGACCUUAUGUUUGACUGUGUUGACUGGCCCGUUAUCUUGAAGAAGUACUAUAACGGGCCCAAUGCGGGUGCUCCACCGCCUUUGUUUCGUUACUGCAAUGAUGAUUCUACUUUGGAUAUUGUUUUUCCGGAUUGGUCGUUUUGGGGGUGGCCGGAAAUUAAUAUAAAGCCGUGGGGAUCUUUGCUGAAGGAGUUAGAGGAAGGGAACACGAGGACGAAAUGGAUAGAUAGGGAACCGUACGCUUACUGGAAAGGUAAUCCGAUCGUUGCGGAAACCCGAAUGGAUCUUCUUAAAUGCAACGUUUCCGAUAAGCAGGACUGGAAUGCGCGUGUCUAUGCGCAGGACUGGCUUAAAGAAUCACAGCAAGGUUACAAGCAAUCAGAUUUAGCUAGCCAGUGUGUCCACAGGUAUAAGAUUUAUAUCGAGGGAUCUGCAUGGUCGGUGAGUGAUAAAUACAUUCUGGCUUGCGAUUCUGUGACUUUCGUGGUGAAGCCGCGUUACUAUGAUUUCUUUACAAGAGGGUUGAUGCCUGUUCAUCACUACUGGCCUAUUAAAGAAGAUGAUAAGUGCCGAUCCAUUAAGUUUGCCGUUGAUUGGGGCAACAGUCACAAGCAAAAGGCGCAAGAGAUAGGUAAGGCCGCAAGCAAUUUCAUUCAAGAAGAAUUGAAAAUGGACAAGGUAUACGAUUACAUGUUCCAUCUUUUAACCGAAUACUCCAAACUCUUAAAAUACAAGCCCACAAUACCCGAAAAAGCAGUGGAACUAUGUUCAGAAUCGAUGGCUUGUUCUUCAGAGGGGUUCGAGAAGCAGUUCAUGAUGGAGUCCAUGAUCAAAGGCCCUUCACCGGUGAACCCAUGCACCAUGCCACCACCUUAUGAACCUCAAGCCCUAAAAUCUCUUCUUCGAAGAAAAACAAACUCGGUACUACAAGUCGAAAAAUGGGAGAGGGGGUAUUUUGAAAACCAAAACAACAAUCCCUAAGCCAGAUUUUUUUUUUUUUUUCAUGUUGUGUUGUAUGAUAUUAUAUCAUCGCCGGUUUAGUUGUAGAGAAGAGUAUACGAUAGAGCAUCAGCACGGUUCUUGGGUGCCACGAUCUACAAAUGCAUAGGUAAGUUUACUAGUUGUUUGGUUUCGAUAGCAUCGAAACAUAUAAUCAUACAAAUUUAUCAUAACGACGUUGUAAGUUGUAACAUUUGUCUUCCCAUGAGGAAGCUACAUAUCAAUGUGUCCAAUAUGCGUUAGUGGUAUUUGAGGCGGGACAUCGAUAGCUUGUAAUGCGAAA